AUGGCUCGGCCCGGAUAUAUUUAUGAGUAUAACGUCCAGGAGGCAGUAGGUGCAAUAAUUCCUUACUUGGAGGGCACUGCACACAAGACCGUCUACUUCGACGGAUGGAACGGACUGGGUGCUUCUGCGGUGCCGAGAGCAAUAGCAGAGAGGCCUCCACCAUCUCUGAAGAAGAAAUUUGACAAGAUUAUCCACAUUGACUGCUCAAGAUGGAAGAGCCGAAGAGCACUCCAGAGGGCGAUUGUAGAUGAACUUAAGCUUCCUCGACAUGUAGUGGCUCAUCUUGACAGGCAAGAUGAGGAGGAUGAUUUCAGCGGGGGGAAGCUCAGGUUUCGUCUGAACAGAGAAAUUCAGAAAAAGGUGGACAGUUCACAUCUUUUUGUUGAUGCUUCAGGUUCUGCUACCAGCUACCACGAAUUAAUAGAGGCAGAGGCUAGAGAAAUCACUUUGUACGCACAUAAACAUGGCCUUGUGAUGGGGAUUGUAGGAGGCAAGGACAGCCAAGCAGCUUGGGAUGUUGCUCGUGCUCUCCAUCAGGAGACACGGCUAGAGGACUACUCAUCAAAUAGCCUGCCCGUGUUUGGUGAUCGAUUCUUUCAUCCCCGAAGACGUUGGAUUCUGUUGGACACCAACUCUUACAUGCAAGAGAAGGCACACGCAGAGACCACGUCCCUUUUCCUAGCACUCAAAAGAGAAUCCGAUCAACCAUCGGCAUCAUCAUUACCUAAUGACAUGUUCCAACAAGCAGACCAACUCCGUGUACUCAAGUUAUGUGGCUGUACCUUCAGCUUUUCAUCACCUCCGUUCCAUGGUUGUUACAACUUAAGAUUCCUUGGACUUGAUAGUUGCAUGGAUCAAGAAAAUCUGGCAGAGGAGGAGAAGAAAGGUGCAGUGGCGAUGGAAAUUUUUCAGAGACUGUGGGUACUAGAUGUGUGCCAAACAGAUUGGGAACUGCCUUUCCCUGAAGAAAUACAAGAGCAAGUGGCUACAAAUAUUAGAGAGGAUCAUAUAAGAAAGGGAAGGAUUUGGCGCAGCAGCCUUGCACCAAUGUCAUAUAAGAAAUUCCCCAAGCUGAAGCAUGUCCUCCUGCACGAUCUCUUCAGCCUGCAGGAGAUCUGCGAGGCCAAGAUGACCGCACCCAUGCUCGAGAGCGUCAGGAUCAGAGGCUGCUGGGCCCUCAGGCGCCCCCCAAGUAUCGGCCAUCGAAACAACAGACACCGUCGGCCAGUCGUGCACUGCCAGGAGGACUGGUGGACGAAGCUGGAGUGGGAUGGACUGCAGGCCGGCCACGAUCCAUCACUCUACGAGCCGCGCUAUUCGUCGGCCUACUACAAGAAGCGCCUCCUCAGGGGCACGGUUCUUCGGUAA